UGUAAAAUAUUUAAUAGUGUAUCAAAAUAAAUUACAUUACAUUCAAAUGUUGUAAAUGAAACUAAGGUUCUUUUAAUACAUAUUUUUAAGUAUUUUAUUUUCUGUCAAGUUAGUUUUUCGUUUAAGUUAUUUUUGUACGUUCCUAAUAUAUUUAUUUAUAUCACGUUAAUAAUGCUACUCCAUGUUUUAAGAACACUUCCAGUUUCAGUUGAUCUGUGUUUAUAAUAAAUAUUUAAUCAUUUUUCGCAAUUAUUAUGUUUGUCCUUAAUAAUUAAUAUUAUAUACGUGUAUAAUACAGUGUAAUCAAUUUCAUUUAUCAAGCAACUUCUAUGUACAUUCAACAUUGAAAUUUUGAUGAUUCUCAAAAUUUCAAAACAAUGUCAAAAAAAAUUCCUCUUAAUCAAAAUGAUAUACAACCAACGUUUAAAGGAUUUCUGGAACGAAUGAAAAAUAAACAUGCAAUGCAAUCCAGUACUCCUAAAUCAUCAACAACAAAUUCACAAACAGAUAAGGGUUCAGAUACACAUAACAGUAGUGAAUCUCAUAAUACAAUAAAAUCGGAAACAAAUGUCCGUAAAACAUCCAUUAUAUCUCUUGAUAGUUCUGAUGAAUCAAUGUUCUUUGAAUCUUUUAAUGCUGUUGAAAAAACGGGCAGUCAAGAAAAAACAACAUUUAAUGGCACACACACACCUGUAUCUACAAAUGUACAAAAAUCAAAAAUUAAAUUUAUUCAAUCAUCAGACAGUGAAGAUGAUGUACAAACAAAACCAAUGUUGAGUUUAAAUAGAAAAAAAAGAAUGAUUAACAGCAGUAAUGAAGAAUCAAUGUUAAAUGAAAGCCCUCCAGCAACAAACGAAGAAUGUAAAUCUACUUGUGACAAUGUAUCUUCUCAAGAAUCUCCUAAAAACAACAAUGUUUAUAAAGCAGAAACAGAUGAAAAACAAUUAAUUGGAAGUGAUACUCCAAGUACUCCAAAAAAAAGUUCGACUGAUAUAAAAUAUGAAAAGUGCAUAAUAUCAGAUUCAGAUAGUAGUCCAUGUUUUAAACGUAGUCCUACACAAAUUCGUAAAAAAAGAUGGAUAGGCCCAGAUUUCAAAUUAAAUUUGAAACCUUUAGGUUUAGGGAAACAAUUGGAUCCUUGGAUAGAGUCUUCAAGAAAGAAGCCAAUAAUGUCUGCAGUACCUGUUACAAAGCAAAAAUUAGAAGAUAGAUACAAGCAUUUAAAAGAUUUUCAAAUAGAAAUUCUUGAUAAAUUUUAUACUGCAUUGGAUCAAAUACCAUUGCCUGUUCUGGAAAAAUUUCCGGAUUUCGAUAAACGAUCAUUUCAAGAUUUAAAAAUUUUAUACCAACAUGUUAAAGCAAAAAUACGAUUAGUUGAGACAAGGUUAAUGCACGCAAAAACUGAUGAAAAUCAAAAACCUGUUGAUGAUAAAUUAUGUGAAUAUAAAAAUAGUCCACCAUUAGAUACAACAGUUGGAGCUUUAAGUGGGCAAACAAUUUUAAGUAUUUCAGAUAACAGUAACUGUAAUAUAUCCACUGUUAAUUUGGUUGAUUCAGAAUCGAGUUCUAUUUCUUUUAUGAAACCAAAAGAUACAUUUUCACCGACGGUAGAUAGACUUCCUAAAUUUUUAGAGAAAAGGAAUGAGUCACAAAUAAAUGAACAAAAAGACCAUACUGUUGAUUCGUGUAAUUCUCCCAUUCAAACAAAAUCUAGCGAUUCUUUAAAUCAAGGAAAAAAGGGUAAAUUCCAGUUAAAAAGACCUAUUAAAGCAACUAUAGGUUCUGAAGUAUCGAAACGAAUUGGAGAAAUAUGGGAAAAGGAAGAGCAGUUCAAAGUUUCAGACCCUAAACCAGCAGUUUCUGAUAGUAAUAAUCAUACGAAGUUCGAAAAUUAUGAAUCAAAAAGAAUUGAAAUUAAUAAAAAUGCAUGUCCAGUUCAAGAAAAAAAGCAAGAUUUUCAAACUAGUGAAAAACUGAUAUGUGAUAAUGACGAAGAAGAUUGGUUCGAUACAUUUGAUGAUAAUUCAUAUGCUGAAGAUAUGGUUGAUGGUUUAACUCAAGAACUUGAACAGUUCCCUGCAUUGAGUAAAGAUUGUAAUAUAAAACUAGCAGCCACACAAAAUAGUCCUAGUAAGGAACAUAACAACGAACAAAAAAAGGCAUUUAAACCAAAUAUUGAAAGUGGUAAUUUCACUGGAAACUAUAAAAAUGAUGGUGUUAGUGGCGAGUUUGAUGGAUUAUCAUAUACACAUUCACGAGAAAUGUUAAAGAUUUUUCGACAAAAAUUUGGAUUAUAUUCAUUUAGGCCAAAUCAACUACAAGCAAUUAAUGCUGCAAUGUUAGGAUUUGAUUGUUUUGUUCUAAUGCCAACUGGGGGAGGGAAGUCAUUAUGCUAUCAACUGCCAGCCCUCUUGUUACCUGGAGUAACAAUUGUAAUUUCACCAUUGAAAAGUCUUAUUCUUGAUCAAGUUCAAAAACUAACUUCUCUUGAUAUUCCAGCUGCUCAUUUAUCUGGUACAAUAACAGAUGCUCAAGCGGAUGCAAUAUACAGGGAACUGUCGAAAAAAGAUCCUGCCCUUAAAUUACUAUAUGUAACGCCAGAAAAAAUAUCCGCAUCCCAAAAAUUUUGCAACCUUCUAUCUUCAUUGUAUGAGAGAGGGUUAUUAGCUAAGUUUGUUAUUGAUGAAGCACAUUGUGUUAGUCAAUGGGGCCAUGAUUUUCGACCCGAUUAUAAAAGGUUAAAAAUGCUUAGAGAAAAUUACACCAAAGUGGGAAUGAUUGCUCUCACAGCAACGGCUACGCCCAGAGUUCGGACCGACAUAUUACAUCAGUUAGGACUUACUCGACCGAAAUGGUUUAUGUCGAGUUUCAAUAGACCGAAUUUAAGGUAUAGUAUAAUAACAAAGAAGGGUAAAAAUUGUUCAGAUGAAGUUAUAGCCAUGAUAAAAACAAAGUACAAAAAUGACUGUGGUAUCGUCUAUUGUUUAUCUCGUAAAGAGUGCGAUGAUUAUGCGGUACAGAUGAGAAAGAAUGGCAUUAAAGCAUUAGGCUAUCAUGCUGGUCUUACAGACAAUAACAGGAGUAACAUUCAAGGUCGUUGGAUUUCAGAAGAAAUUAAAGUUGUUUGUGCGACAAUAGCGUUUGGAAUGGGUAUUGACAAACCAAAUGUACGCUUUGUAAUUCACGCAGCUCUUCCGAAAUCUAUCGAAGGUUACUAUCAAGAGAGUGGACGUGCUGGUCGCGACGGAGAAAAUGCGGACUGUAUAUUAUUUUAUAAUUACGCUGAUAUGCACAGAAUAAGGAAAAUGAUUGAAAUGGACAACUCAAAUCCUGACGCAAUAAAAACUAAUAUAGAUAAUUUAUUUAAAAUGGUAUCAUUUUGUGAGAAUAAAACAGAUUGCCGCAGAUCAUUGCAACUGAAUUAUUUUGGAGAAAUAUUUGAUCGACAACAGUGCAUCAGCAAUAAAGCCACGUCAUGCGACAAUUGUAGAAAUAAAGACGACUUUAAAAUGUUAGAUGCAACAGACGACGCUAAACAAAUUAUGAAAGCUGUACGUGAAAUUACCCAAUCAAGAAGUGCUAAUCUUACAUUAGUACUACUUACUGAUAUAUUUAAAGGAAGUGAUAUUAAAAAAAUAAGAGACGCAGGUCUUAAUAAGCAUCCUGUGUAUGGUCGUGGAAGAUCAUGGAACAGAAACGACAUAGAACGAUUAUUACAUUAUAUGGUGCUUAAAGAUUAUUUACAAGAACAGAUGUAUAUAAACAAUGAAAUUACUUGUGCGUAUCUAAAGAUUGGUCCAAAUGCUAGUGAAUUGAUGACAAGAAAAGAUAUAAAGGUGGAAUUACCUAUAAAAUCAUCUACUGGUAAUUCCGCUACAGUGGCUACAGUAUCUACAGUUACAAAGAAGAUUGACAAGGUCCUUCUUGAAUUACAAGAACGUUGUUAUAAAGAAUUAAUGGAAGUAAUAAAAGGAAUUGCUGGGGCACUUGAGGUUUCGGCGUCUUCGAUUAUGAACAUGAUAGCAGUUAGGGCAAUGAGCCAAAGGCUUCCAGAUAACGAGCAAGCUAUGUUAGAAAUACCACACGUAACUCAAGCAAAUUUUGAUAAAUAUGGAAAAGCUCUGCUAGAUAUCACUCAAAAAUAUGCUGCAGAGAAAUAUGUAUUAUUAAAUGAGGAACAAGCAGAAAGUAGUGCUAGUGAUGAUGAUGAUGGCGGUUGGGACAAUAGCGCUCCUGCUUUUGCUGGCAAAUUUAACGGAAGCCAAGGUAGAAAGCGGAAAGGUAAAUCUAAUUAUCGAAAUACAGCUAAAAAGUAUAAACGAACAACAACAAGUACACAAAAAGGAAAAACUACCACAAAAGCGAAAAGUACAACUUCGAGUUCGAGUAAAGGUCCUGGACUUAUAAGUUUAAAUAAAGACAAAGUGUAUAUGUCGAAUCCUCAUCGAUAUAUGCAAUUGGGUUAAUAUAUUGAUUUGUAUUAUA